AUGCCCUUCCUCCAAGCCCGCAACGACGCGGUCAACAAGCACCCCGCGCCGCCAACAAUCGACUACCCGCUCACAACGCGGGGCUCAAGCUGGCUCUACUCCGUGUGCUCCAUCUAUGGCGCCGCAACCCUGAUCACCAUCGCCCUGUCCUACAUCGCCAAGCAAAAUGAGCGUAUCUUCCACCGCAUCUUCACCAUCGCCUACCUGGUCGGUACCGUCGCCUACUUCGCGAUGGGCAGCAACGUGGGCUAUCUGGACGCGCUGCAGCCACACCAGGUGGACGACAACGGCGAUAAUAGGCAGAUGUUCUGGGUCAAGUACGUACUUUGGGCGGUGGACUUCCCGCUCGUCUCGACUGCGCUCGGUAUUGCCUCCGGCAUUAGCUGGGCCGAGAUACUGUAUAACGUUGCGCUUGCGUGGACCUGGAUCAUCUGCUACCUCAUCGGCACCGUCAUCGGCGAUGAAUAUCGCUGGGCUUUGUACGCGCUGGGCACGCUCGCGUGGCUGCUGCUGGCAGAGAACACGCUUGUUCGUGGCACCCAGGCCGCGGGCCGCGUCGGUAUCAAGGGCGAUUAUCUCAUCCUCGCCGGUUGGGCCAACCUCAUGUGGUUCCUGUAUGCCCUAGGCUAUGGUCUGACCGAUGCCGGCAAUGUGAUUCGCGUCACGCCCAGCUUCAUCUGGUUCGGUAUUACUGAUCUGCUGCUCAUGCUUGGUGUGGGCUUCGGUAUCAUUGUGGUGUUUGCCCCGCGCUGGGAUUACGGCAAGCUUAACCUCUUCUUUACGCAGUAUGGCCGCGUGGCGGUGCAGGAGGGUAAUUUCCCGGAGAAGGACACGGCCAACAACGGUACUCAGCAGGCUGCUGCUCCGGCUGUCUAA